AUGCCGGAAGAGGAUUCUGAUGGCGAAAAUGAUUGUGAUAGUGCUGAAGGUGGGAAAAAUAAACAGAAAUAUAAGAAAAAACAUUCAAUAUUUACUCCACCUUCUGGAAGAGACUCUACACUUGAUUUUUACGUUGAUGCUAUAACGCAUGAACUUCUUCAAAUGAACAGUAAGUACAGGUUUCGACCUAACCUAUCUACUGAUGAACUUUCUGCCCUGAAAAAUCUUCGAAAUGAUGAUAGUAUAAUCCUUAAGAAAUCUGACAAAGGCUCGGUUAUUGUGGUAAUGAACAGAACUGAUUAUAUUGCUGAAGUCAACAGACAGCUGAAUAAUACUGCUUACUACAAAAAACUUGAUCAUAACCCUGUUGAACAAUUUUCAAAAGAUGUUACUGAUGUUUUAGAUGUUAUUUGUAGGAAUGUUAAUGGUGAUUCUAAUGAUACUUUAGUUGUAACUAGUGAUGCCAGAACGCCACAGUUUUACAUCUUGCCCAAAAUUCAUAAAGAUAUUAACUCAGAACUACCACUUGCUUACCCGGGACGGCCAAUUGUAUCUGGGUAUAACUCUGUUACUGAAGGCAUAUCUGAAUACAUUGAUAAUAUCUUGAAGCCACACAUGGAAGCCCUGCCCUCAUAUGUUAAAGACUCUACUGACUUCAUUAAAAAGCUAGGGUCUAUGCCUAAUAUCUCCCCUAAUGCAUUUUUGGUUACUAUGGAUGUUUCAUCCUUAUACACUAAUAUUUCGCAUGAUGACGGGAUAGAGGCUUGCCGUGAAUAUUUGGAAAAAGCUCAUUCAUACUUGUCACAUCAGUACCAGUUCGAACAGGUGAAGAAGUUUAUUUCCCUGAGUGUAAAUGAUAAAAAUACUACGUGGAACUAA